AGAACCGGUUAUAAUCUGGGGACGUCAUUCUGUUGCUAAUUCCUCGGACGUCUUAUAUUAUCGGAGUUAGUAGUACAUGAAAUAGAAUUUCAAGCAGUCGUUACAACGAUGGGUUUCAAUCAGUCGAAAAGUAACACCACAAGUAACGGGGAUGUUUGGACAUACGUUAAAUCACAAAGCGAACGAUUCGACGCUUCAAAAAUAAUUCAGCACAACUCUGUGAGUGGUGAAAGUUUGAAUUUCAACGAGUUUUCUGAAAACGUCGAGUCCCUAGCAUCAGUUCUACGGGAUAUAAAGCUACCUUCGGGUAUCGGAAUAUGUUCCGAGAACAAUUUGGAAUAUUGUUGGAUAUUGUUGGGUGCUUUGCACGCCGGAGUCAGAUGCACGUUGCUGAGCCCGAAGUAUACAGAACGAGAACUGAGGCAUUUUUUGAAUCUUUCGAAACCCGAUAUUGUUCUCUGCUCGAGACUCGUUGGUGAUAAAUUAUACGAAAACGGAGAAUCCUUCGAAGCCAUUUGUUCAGCACAUCCAUUCGUCAAGGGAGUUUACGUGUGGGGAACGAAGAGUUGGAAAUCAUUGUUUGCCUCGCUGCGAGGUGUCUGCAAAAAUAAUUUUAACGCAACCCAAGACCGGAAGUGCUUCGAAGGAUCCAGAGAAGCCCUCGUCUUGGCCUCUAGCGGAUCGACGGGACUCCCAAAAGGUGUCGUGCUGACGCAUCGUGCUGUCGUCGAAACGCUGAAGCUGAGCUCCGUGUAUGCGAAUAAUGGCGAAACUGCCCUGGGACUUAUGCCCUUGUUUCACGCAUACGGACUGAUACUGAGCCUGAUGUGCUUAUGCGAAGGAUCGAAGUUUAUAAUCGUGCCUAAGCUCAUGGGGGCGAAGCACCUCAGCGAAAUCGUUUACACGCAUAAGAUCAAGAACCUGUACAUAAUUCCGUCGUUGCUGGCGAUGAUUGGAAAAUCUUCGAUCUUUACCGAGGAUAAUUUGGCUUACGUUAGUCACGUUUGGACGUCCGCUGGAAAAGUAUCGCGACAAGUUCAGGAACGAGCUAUGGAAAAGUUACCGACAAACGCGGUCCUUCACCACUGCUACGGAAUGACGGAAACCACGUUUAUCACUAUGACGGGGCCUGUUGGGAAAUACGAAUGUUCGGGAAAGCUUGUUUCCAACGUAGAGUGCCGAGUGAUACGUGACCCGGGAGAGAUUUGCGGUCCGGAUGAAAUGGGGGAACUUUGUUUCCGGGGUCCCACAAUCAUGAAGGGCUACUUGGACAACGAAGAAGCCACCUCUGAAGCACUGCAAACUGACGGAUGGUUCAGGUCAGGGGAUUUGGGAUUCUACGAUCGGGAUGCCGAUUUCUUUAUUGUGGACAGAAUCAAGGAGAUGAUCAAGUAUCAGGGGAAUCAGGUUUCUCCGGUUGAGAUCGAGGGUGUAAUUCUCGAAUUACCGGACGUUUUGGAAGCUGCCGUAGUUGGACUGCCGAGCGAAGAUUUUGGCGAACUUCCAACCGCCGGCGUCGUCGUUAAGCAGGGGUCGAAAUUGUUGGCGGAAGAUAUCGAGGAACACGUUGCGAGACAACUAUCGCCGUACAAAAAACUCAGGGGUGGUGUUUUCCUUUUUGAAGAACUUCCCAAGACCGGUACCGGGAAAAUACAACGUAAAAUACUAUUGAAUCGUAUUACGAAUAUCACGCGUACUUCGCCUGCGGUAGAUCGAUAAU